UUUGCCCCUCCCUGAGCAUGUGUGUAGCUCUUAAUACAUCCAUGGUGUGUAGCUGCUUAGCUGUUAGCAUUUAGAGAUGACCGCCGACAAGCAAAACGAAGCUAAAGUUUCCCUCAUGGAAGAAAACAAAGAAAAUUCAUCAGAUGGAGGGCUUGGACUGGAAAUCUUGCAAAUCAUCAAGGAGUCCCAGCAGCAGCAUGGUCUCAGACACGGAGACUACCAGAGAUACAGGGGCUACUGCUCCCGCCGACUGCGUCGCCUGCGGAAGACUCUUGGCUUCAAGAUGGGAAACCGACAUAAGUUCGUCGGGAAGAAAAUAACGGUCGAAAUGCUCUCUGACAACAGGUACUUAUUGCUGGUUUUGAUGGAGGCGGAGCGUGCGUGGAGCUACGCCAUGCAGCUGAAGCAGGAGGCCAACACAGAGCCACGUAAGCGUUUCCACCUGCUGGCACGACUCCGCAAGGCUGCCAAGCACAGCGAGAAGCUGGAGAAGCUGUGUGAGAGCCCCUGUGUCGACGCCAAGACCAAACUGGAAGCACAGGCCUACACAGCGUACCUGACUGGUAUGGUGGAGUUUGAACUGCAGGAAUGGAAGCUCGCUAUGGAGGCUUUCAACAAGUGCAAGACCAUCUAUGAGAAGCUGGCCAGCGCGUUCACCGAGGAGAUGGCAGUGCUGUACCGCCAGCGUGUGGAUGAGAUAUCACCCAAUAUCCGCUACUGUGCUUACAACAUUGGUGACCAGAAUGCCAUCAAUGACUUGAUGCAGAUGAGACUGACUGGAGGAGGUGGAGGCAUGAUGGCUGAGAAACUAGAGUCUCUGAUCACUCAGGCAAGAACCAAGCAGGCAGCCACCAUGAGUGAGGUGGAGUGGCGAGGUCGGUCCGUGCCCGUCAAGAUCGACAAGGCCCGCAUCUUCUUGUUGGGUCUGGCAGACAACGAGGCUGCCAUCGCUCAGACGGCUAACGAGGAGACUAAAGAGCAUCUGUAUGAGACCCUGCUGGCCGAGUGCAGAGACACCAUCCAGGCUGUGAGAGAGGAGCUCAAAAAUGAGACGAAGCAGCGAGAGAGGAGCUCUGACGCCGACAACGGCAAGGUGUCCAACCUGCAGUUCCUGCACAGUUACCUGACCUACAUCAAGCUGUGUACGCUGGUGAAGAGGAACGAGAGCAUGGCCCACACGCUGCAGGCCAAGCUGAAGGAACCCGAGGCCGACGAGAGCAAGAGGGGGCCCCGCCCACAGGACCUCAUCCGCCUCUAUGACAUCAUCCUGCAGAGUCUGGCUGAGCUGUCCACCCUGCAGGGUCUGGAGGAUGAUCACACCUUCCAGAAGGAGGUGUCCCUCAAGAUGCUGGUCUACAAGGCCUACAGGUGCUUCUUUAUCGCUCAGUCUUACGUGCUGGUGAAGAAGUGGAGUGAGGCUCUGGUGCUGUACGAGAGGGUGCUGAAGUAUGCCAAGGAGGUUCAGUCUAAGGCCAAGAGCCUCAACAACAGUCUCAAGGAUCUCCCUGACGUUCAGGAGCUCAUUGCUGAGGUGAACGCUGAGAAAUACUCACUUCAAGCUGCUGCCAUUUUAGAUACCGACGAGACUGUCGAAGUUCCCUCUCAGCAGCAGGUGAAGGACAACACGCCCCUCUGCAACCGCCUGGAGACCUUCCGUCUUGACCCUGCGCUCGUAGGAAAGCAGCCCAAUCUGGUCCAGUUCCCUCCUGACUUUCAGCCAAUCCCCUGCAAGCCCCUGUUCUUUGACCUUGCUCUCAACCACGUGGCCUUCCCACCGCUGGAUGACAAGGUGGAGCAGAAGGGCAAGGGCGGUCUGACCGGUUACAUCAAGGGCAUCUUUGGCUUCGGCAGCUAAAUGGAGUCCAGGGCUUUGGCGAGGCAUCCUCAGGGGAGCCACAAGGCCCCGAGUUUACCACAAAACAACCAGACUUGGGUCAGUUGUUAAUUAGAAUAAUUUCAGUUACUUUUAUUGUUUGAUUUUUAGUGCCUAAGUGCAAGAUGAGGGGACUUUGCAGUUCUGAGGGUCUAAUCUUCCAGGAAAGAUGAAUAUGGAAAGUGAUUGAAUCAAUUUCAUGUUGCAGUACGACCCAAGUCUACCUGCCACCGUUAGUAAUAAGAUCAGGCUGUGUGGGUUCCUCGCGUUCUGGUUCCCUUCUUAAUUUGAGCAGUGGAGAUGUCUCAGUGAUUUUACAGGUUACCAUGUCACGGUCUUAAUACUUACAGUAAAGUCCUCACAGUCCUGUCAGAGUAAACGAAGCCACUUUGGCACAAUUAGAAGUUUUUUCUUUCCUUUUUUUUUUUUCCAGUGUUGUGUAAGCGCCUUCAUGUAAUUAUGUCCUAUUUCUUUAUACAAGAUGUUUUCAGCAUUUCUUGAACCUAAAAUUGACAGUACAGUCUUCUCUUGGCACCUACUUUGACUUAAAAAAAACAAAGUAGAGCUGAUGUAAGACCAGAAACUCAAACUGAUGUGUUUUAAUCAUCAUCAUAGUUUGAAAAGACUUCACCUGCGUCCCAUUUCUUCUCUUCAACUUUGCCCCGAUCGCUCCAUGAACAGUUCAGCCCAGCCCAUCUCCCUCCACACGGACGUUUUUCACCAAAGCAACCGUGACGUUUUGUGGACAGCUCAAGAAAAAAAAAAAACACCUACAGGAUGGUAACGCAACAUUAAACUGGUUAUGAGGAUUCAUUGUUAAAAGCACAAGAAGAAAGAAACCACAACACCCGGUUUCAUCUUUGUUGUGAGUUGCUUCUGAUGUUUAUGAGUCAUGAGUGAAGUUCUUUGAUCAGAGCUACAAAGAAUUGGGACAAAACUUAAAAGUUUCAAGCGCAUCAACUGAAAAAUUGAAAAACAAAGCCAUGAAUCACAUUGUAAAAUGUUGUUUUUCUUUCUUUUUUUUUAAAAAAAACAAAAAGCUGGAUAGUUCAGUGUUUGUCAAUAAUACACAAACCUACGCUGCUCAUAAAUGUUAUAUACUGUGUGACAUUUACAACUAAACUUAACCAUCAUGUCAGAAGAGGGUCCAACUGCUUCAGCUUGUUUAGAUGAAAGUGCAGAACUCACGUUUUCAACACACCUCAGUGUCUCAUGUUUUCAAGGUGGUCGUGCCUGAUGACGCACGUUGCACCAGGAUCGAUGUGAAAAAAAAAAUAAUCACAGGUGCAGCUCAUCGGAUUGUUAUUAAUUCCUGUCAUGUUUUUAAUUUUGACAUUUUUUUUUUUUUAUUAAAGUUUUGUUUUGUGGUAGGACAGCAGUUGACGUAAAGGAAUUAAGGCUUUCAUUUAUCACACCACCGAGCCUGUUUGUCCAUCAUGAGUCGGACUGAAAAAUCUUUUCAUCACUAAUGAAAUGAAACGUGUGUGGACAUGUUGUAAUGCUAGAAAACAUUUCUUGGUUAUAUGCUUUUGUUUGCCACUCAUAAUGUCGUCACCUCCUCUGAUCCUUAAGGGACCUGGUUUGCCUGUAAUACCUGCUCGAUCACUCACUAAUUUAACUGUUUUGCUUGCUAAUUUUUAUCAAUGUCUUGUUUUAAAAACAUGUUUUUUUUUUCCCCCUCAGUUUUUUUUGUUUAAAAUAAUUGAGAUGGAAUUGCUGGAAAAGCUCCAGCACUUUACCUCGAAUAGCCAGAAAAACAAUUAGUCGUAAUCAAUUGUUGGAAACAGAGGGUGAAAGAAAGGAAAUGAUGAGAAUGUAUGAUUUGAUUUAAUUUCCAACCCUAUAAUUAAAAUAUAUUUGCACCAA